AUGGUGAUUGAUUACGAGCGCAUCGCCGUCCCGUUGGCUGCCUGCCGCUGGGCCGUCACUUUCCAACUGAGCGCGCGCCUGCGUACAGCGAGUAAGGGCCAGUACUCAGUAAGCCGCGCACAUCACCCACCCUCUGCUAUACCUGCGUUUGAAGUAGACGCACGUCUGCUGCUCUGCUCCGUCGCGCCCUCCCAACCCACCGCAUCCUGCGACGUCCGCUGCCGCGCCUCGUCCUCCAUCAUCGCCAUGUAUCCCAACCACCACCCCGCCAUGCCUCCGCCUCACGCGCGAUCCGUCGCUCCAGAGACCUUCCUCCUGGACCAGGAGCAGCAGUCGAGCCUUCCGCAAGACUCGGUCGUCGCGCUGCAGCAGGUUGACAAUCUCAAGUACUUCCUCAUCUCUGCGCCCGUGGACUGGAGUCAGGACCAGUAUAUUCGACGAUUUCUGCUGCCAACCGGCGAAUAUGUAUCCUGUGUAUUAUGCAGGAACAAUCUCUUCCACAUCUCGGGCACAGAUAUUGUGCGAUGCUUGUCGUUCCGAUUUCAGGCAUUUGGCCGACCCGUGAAGAAUACCAAAAAAUUCGAGGAGGGCAUCUUCUCCGAUCUACGAAAUCUCAAGUCGGGCACCGAUGCCUCGCUGGAAGAGCCCAAGAGCCCGUUCUUGGACUUCCUCUACAAAAACAACUGCAUCCGAACGCAGAAGAAGCAGAAGGUCUUCUACUGGUAUAGUGUACCACACGACCGACUCUUCUUGGAUGCGCUCGAACGCGAUCUCAAGCGUGAGAAAAUGGGCCAGGAAGCAACGACCGUUGCGGUCAGCGAGCCGGCCCUCUCCUUUGAAUUCGACUCUUCUCAAUCGCUUUUCGAGCAGCUCACCAAGGCUCAGCAAAACAAUCAGUCCAGCUUUGCCCAGCCGCCUUCAAUGCCUCCAUCGCACUCCACAUCACCUGUUCUGCGCGCCACCGACUCAAUGCCACCGCCGUCAAUCAUCCCACAACAGCAGAUGCCGCCAACUUCCAUGCCACAGCACACGUCUCAGCCCAGUAUGCAACCAGACAUGCACCAACUUCCAGAGUCAAUGACACACGUACCAACCUUCAAUCAGAUGGCCAUGCCGCCAAUGCCUUCUCAGAUCCAGAAGACGCGCGAACAAUCACUCGGGCCAGUGUUUGACCGUAGCGGUGUUCCCAUCUCGCAAGUCGGCAACAGGCACAGCUCCAUGCCAGCCUAUAUGGAGUACUCACCUGCGCCUUCAUUUGUUUCUUCGCAUUUUGAGGACUACAGCCAGCGCGGCAUUUCCUUCGAACCUCUGACGCCACCUCAGCACACCGUCGGCAUGCCCUCCGAGCCCACUUACAUCGCCAAUGAGGAUACUGGUCUCUAUGCAGCCAUUCCUGAUGUCGGUCUACAGCAACCCUUCAACCCGCUCAUGUCUGUGCCGCCAAAUCUUGCUGGCACCAGCUACCCAUCGAUGAACCGCAAUUAUCACCAGCCACAGCAGGUCUACUCAGUGCUUGAAGGCUCGCCGACCUACAAGCAGAGACGUCGACGCUCUUCUUUGACAGGCACAGCUGUCACAACGGCAGUGACAUCAGCGGGCGGCGGCGGUGUCGCGACUCAUGCGCAUGCCGUUCACCGGCCAAGCGAUUUACGCCGCUCCAUGUCUACGUCGGUUGCCCCACAAUCCAUCCCAGAAGGGCAAGAAGUGUCGUACAAUGACUCGCCUUCCAGCAUGCAUGCAACGCACAAUGGACCUCUGAUGGGCGACCACAAAGAACUGCUCGACUUGUCUCGACAAAGCACGCCGUCCCAUGUCGUUGAAGGUGCCAUCGAUGAGAGCAGAGCCCACCAACAUCCGAUGCACAUGGGUCACGCGCCUACGGGCGACUACAACAACUACAAUGCGAGCCCGAACCAGGACUAUUCCCAUGGCCUUCAACAUCAUGCAGUACAUCGCACCGCUAAUGGCGUCUUCCGCCGCGCUCGGUCCGCCACUGUCAGCGAACUAGGUCCCUAUCCUCAGAAGAGCCACUCCUGCCCGAUUCCCAUGUGCGGCCGACUGUUCAAGAGAUUAGAGCACCUCAAGCGCCAUGUCCGAACGCACACCCAGGAACGCCCAUACUUGUGCACGCUUUGCAACAAAGCCUUCUCAAGAUCCGAUAACCUUGCUCAGCAUCGUCGGACUCACGAGACCAGCGCCGACGGCUCCGCACCAUCCGAAGAGGAAAUGGAAGAAGCGCAAGACGCCAUGGUCGAGGAGCAGGAACCCGGCGCUGACCCUAUUGACGACGCGUCUUACCAGGUUAUCGCAAUGACGACCGGGUCGGAUAUGCCUUCUAUGCCGACUCACGUCCCAAUGGGCAUGGUCUCACACACCGACAUGGGUCCACCGCAAAUGGUUACGGCCGGAGAUUAUCAUUGAAACGAUUACACCAUCACCCCAACGACAAAAAGUUCAUUCUGAUUCACUUCAACAGCAUCGUUAGCUGCAUUGCAUGGCACCCGUUUUUUAUUCUG